AUGGAUGAACCCAGUCAUAGCCUACCACUGGACACCUCUUUAACCAGAUUAGAGUCCAGUGUCCCGAUUUCAGAUUCUUCAUGUGUAAGACACCCCAGGAGAUCUUCAUGCGAGUAUGAGUACAAGGGACCUGUAGGACAGUUCAUUAUGGAUCCACAAGGACACUCUUCUGUUUAUUCUUAUACCACAACUUCUUGGAGCGAGAUGUUUGGGUCAUCUACAGCUAGGGAUGCGUACGGUCAAAAUACCAGAUACGAUCCAGAGUUUGGGCCACAGGUUAUGUCUAAUCGAUCAAGGCUUGGCAACAAAACUUCGAAGAGUUUGGACUUGGAUUGCAGCUUGACACAAUCCGUAAUGUUGCCUCGUCGACAGAGUCUGGACGAAACUUUUCAUCAGACUGCAAGUUCCAAAAAUCCUGGUCCUUUUAGAGGACACAAUGGUUCCUUUCAGAGGAGCACUCAGUCCUGUGUUGCAGAUCAGACUCUUGUUCACAAGGAACAUGCUAGCAGAUCGGCGACGUAUGGUUCCAGGGGAAAUUCACAAGAAACUUUUGGUCUAUCGACAUGUAUGUUUCCAGAAACGCAGACGUCUGCGCCCCAUCCUAACACUGAACCCCUCAAACAUCAGUCUAGACAGAAACUUCAUCAUCAUCGUCACCUUACAACCGGAGGAGAGUUUACCAGGACCUAUCCGUAUCCCUACUUAGAUAUAAAAACCGAACCCGUGGAUCCGCCGGGGACAAGCCAAUCUCAAUACAGCGAGCAAAGCGGAAGGGUAGAACCUUUAGUAAACUUACCGGAGGGUUUCUAUAAUUCGACUUAUGGCAGUGACAAUACUUAUGAUGCUCUGUAUAAGCAAGCAAGUCGUUCAGAAGGGGGUCAAAUGUAUGGAUUCCAGAAGGGACGCAAGUCGAAAACUAGACACCCUCUUCUGCCAUCUACCAGUAAGGAAGACUCGGAGGAUACGACAAACAUCUUCUCGGCUUCGGCCGGUGACAGGGCACUUUUAAUAGGGUAG